CGGCUAGGGUUCCACGCGUCGAGCGUGAUGGCGCUGCGAUAUCUCUUAACUCUCAGGUACUUCAUGGCGCCCUGGAGGAUCUAUCCCCUGUUUCUGGCAUGGAUUCUCAUGCGGCAACGGCAAUUUCAAUGUUCUUGAGCAGCCAGUGGUAGGAUUUGACAUCUAUCGUCCACUGGCGAUGGAUAUUUCGAUCGGAAUGUGGUCGGCAGUGCCAAUCCAUGAGGGAUUUCGGGCUCAUCGGAGAUUUCUGGCAUCCAAGCUACUAUCGAGGGGAUUUCUCCUUCGCAAAACGGCAUGCAUGAGUGCUGGGCCGAUGGAUAUCUUCUCCCUGGUGGAAUUCGAUGUGAGGAGCAGCUUAAACAGCUUGCAAGAGUUCCUUAUGGCAAUGCCGAGCACAUCGGCGAUGGGAUUCCUGGCGAUAGCUCUCACAGCGGUGGCUGGAACUUCGAUUGCUGGCAGCAAAUCAAACAAACCAGGCAGCAGCGGAGAAAGAAAAAUUCCACCGAACAAGUUGUCGGAUUACUGGCUCCUCACUCUCAAUCCAUCGCCUUUCAACAGAUUUGUGGUGGCAAGGUGGCCGUCGAUCAUUUUCGAUUCGAGUUCUCCGGACGACUCUUAUGAGAAGAUGGAACUUUCGAGCCACCAGGUAGUGUCGGUUCGAAGCGAAAGCUUGCAAGGCAACAAGGAUGGCAGGAAGACGCUGGAGUAUCAACGAAAAUGUAUAUGGACUGAGGAUGGUGGAAGUCUUGCUCUCGACUGGCCGGCUUAUCUCGAUCUGGAUGGUGAUCACGGUCUUGACACCACCUUGCUGCUCAUUCCCGGGACGUUCAAAGGAAGCGAAGACGAGGCGGUCAAGAUUUUCGCUCAAGAAGCCUUACAAAGCGGAUACUUUUCUGUGGUUCUGAAUCCCAGAGGAUGUGGAAACUCGCCGCUUACAACACCAAGGAUUUUCUCUGCUGGUGACAGUGACGAUGUACGCACAGCAGUGUCCUAUAUUGCUCGCUGCAGGCCGUGGACAACGUUCCUAGGAAUUGGAUGGGGUUUCGGUGCAAAUAUGCUGGCUAAAUAUCUUGGAGAGGAGAACUUGACACCUCUUACAGCGGCAGUCUGUAUCAAUAACCCGUUUGAUCUGGACGAGGCUACGAAAUACAUGAAGCGGAAUCGUGCUGCUGGUCUUGACAGGGAGCUGACUGAUGGUCUCGUUCAAAUACUACGGUCGAACAAGUUUCUUUUCCAAGGACAAGCAAACAUGGACAUAACUGGUGGUCUCGCAGCUACGUCUGUAAGGGAGUUCGAGGCUGCCGUUUCGUGCCCAGCAAGGGGAUUUAAGUCUUUGGAAAGCUAUUACAGGAGUUCAAGCAGUCGUAAUGUUAUCGAUGGAAUUCAAACUCCUUUGCUCUGCAUUCAGGAUAGUACUGCGGCUCCACCGUUUUCCAUUCCACAAAAUGCAUUUGAAGAGAAUCCUUUCACGACGCUACUGUACUCGCCAAACGACGGCUACAACUUCAAAAUAGUGUUAGAGUGGCUUGCUGCUGUGGAGAUAGCAUUGCUGAAAGGUCGUCAUCCGUUACUUCGUGGAAUAGAUUUGGCAAUAAAGCCUUCCAAAGGGUGGAGUACGAACUUGACUACAGGUUUACUCGAAGAAGGAAAUGAGUACAUAACGUUGGAGUCAAAGGAAGACUUCUGGGCACCUAAUGAAGGGACUGAAGGGAUUGAACAUAAAGAAGGGACUGAACCUCAAGUGCCAGAAGUGCAAAGUCAGCAGAAUGAAAGUCAGCAGAAUGAAGAGACAGAGCAAGGUCAAGCUAAACAAGCUGCUCAAACAGUCUUCAGCGCUUUGGAUAUGGCAAUGCCAGGAACAUUAUCUCCCGAAACUAAAGAACAGGUAUUGGAUGCUGUUGGAAGGGGUGAGACUGUAAUCACAGCGUUGCAAAAUGCUGUUCCUGAAGAUGUGCGUGGAAAGAUGGCUGCUGCUGUCUCUGCUGCCGUACAAACUCGCGGUAUAAGUUUAAAGCUCGUUGGUUUUGGAGACUCCGUGCCGGCUCCAACUUUGCCGAAGGGGGACAUGCAAAGUACCCCUCCUGCUCCAACCGGUGGCUCGGAUGGAGAAGGCAAAUCCGAGACAACAAAAGAAUCCGAUCGAACGGGAAACACAGAAUCUGAUGCAAAAAAAGGCGCAGAACCGGCAGUUCUUCCAGGAGGAAAGCAAGAACAGCCUAGUGCUUCAGACGAAAAAGGAGAUACUGAGGAGAACAAAGAUGCAGAAGCUGCAGUCCAAAAUCAAAAGCGGCCUGAAAAUACGUCCGAUCCACCAAAGCCAGAAACAGAUGUAUCAAGCCGGAAUCCUGAAAACACUCCAGCCGCUCAGCAAACAAACUCGUCCAUCAACGUCCAACAGGCAUUUCAAGCAUUUUCUGGUUUUGAUGAUUCUACGCAAAUGGCUGUCAACAAUGUGUUUGGAUUACUCGAAGGGAUGCUCGAUCAAAUUGAAAGCGGGAAUGGAAACGAAGCGCCCCAGGCACAAGGAAACAACAGGGGUGAUACAGAAACGACUUCAGGAAACAGGAAGGAGGGGGAGCUGGUCUUUCAGUCGUCAGCAAACUUCCCUUUAGAGACUUCCUCCAGGUCCGAGUUUACAAACCCAGAAGUAGCAAACGCGGCAGCAGUUACGAAGAGCACAACUACACUAGAACAGGUGGACGAGGUGAAAGAUGUCCACACCAGACUAAAGAAAACGAAGAUUUCGGGAUUUGUUUUGCACGACUGCAAAGGUUCCGACAGGAAUGAUGGUUUUUCAGAGGAACAUUUGGCCCAAGCUGAAAACAUAGUUCUGGAAGCCAUGAAGGUGGAAGUACGAAGAAGGCUCGGAUCAGCUUCUCCAGGUGUUAUAGAUGGUUUGAAAGAGGAACUUCCCGGGGUCGCGAGAGCAGCAAUACGUCACGUCGAUACCUCUUCUGGACGGGUUCUUUCGGCCGAAGGCCUGGUUGAUGCUGUGGCGUCGGCGUUUCGGGGGACUAUCAUUCUGCAGAAAGUCGUUCCUUUCGGGGUGCUAGUCGGGGUCAUUCUGGCAUCCCUCGUCAACUCGUACGUGGUUGUCACAACAAAGAACGACAACGAGCGAGUGGAGGAAGAAAUCAAAGUGCAGGAGAAAUCGCUACCUGAAGCAACUAGCGACAAUCCGGUGGCUGCAAGCGAGGAGAUUGAGAAGGGUCUUUGCGGAAAUGUUGUGGGAGCUGUGACUGCUGCUGCUAUGGGUGCUACUGCUGCGUUCGCCAGCAGUGGUAGCUCUCGUUCGGGAUCAAGAGACGGCCAAGAAGGCGAUGGGGACGACGAUUGCUACAAGGAUAACAUAGUCACUAGCAUGGCGGAGAAGGCCUUUUCCAUUGCCGCUCCCGUGGUUCCAACCAAAGAUGGCCAAGUCGACCACGAAAGGUUGAUAUCAAUGCUAGCGGAUAUUGGUCAGAAGGCCGGGUUUUUAAAUGUCAUUGGAAAGGCUGCACUUCUUUGGGGUGGUUUACGUGGUGCUAUGAAUGUAACAGAGAGGCUGCUUGUAUUUUUCAAAAUAGCUGCCAUGCCGUUGCAUCGAAGGCUCCUGGGAUUUUCGGGAAUGGUUUUACUUCUGUGGUCUCCAAUUUUUCUACCAUUGCUCCCCACUCUUUUGACCGAGUGGGCAUCGCACUCGUCUGGAGGGGUAGCGCAGUGCGCUUGCGUUUUUGGUUUUUAUGGAGCACUGAUUCUUUUGAUUAUAAUCUGGGGGAAGAAAAUUCGUGGCUUCGAUCAGCCAUUACACCAAUAUGGCCUCAGGCUGAAGAGACUCAAUCUCUUUGGAGCUGGCUUAGCAGUCGGUUGUGGGGUCGUGUGUCUAUUUUACGUCCUACUUUCCCAGCUUCGCUACUUGAAGCUCGUCUCCUCCUUCCUGGUAAUGACUUCAUUCUCUCAGGCGCUAAUUUCGAUCGGAAAGCUAGCGAAGCUGACAGUCGAAGCACUGGCAAUGGGAGUGGUCAUUGCACCAGUGGAGGAACUUAUCUUUCGCUCGUGGCUGCUUGAAGAGAUCUCGGUCGAUUUCGGCGAGCAGAAAGCCAUACUACUCUCCAGCCUCUUGUUUGCAAUAGUUCACUGGUCACCAUCGGCAAUACCAGGACUAUGGUUCAUGGGUGUUGCUCUUGCGGGUGCUCGCGUCAGAUCAAACGGGAAUUUGGCGCUUCCAAUCGGACUACACGCCGGCUUGAUCGCUGCAAACUUCGUGCUCACUUGCGGAGGAUUCGUGGUCUAUUCGCCAAAAGCUCCUUGCUGGUUAACAGGACUUCACGCAAGCAGUCCUCUCGCAGGAGUUUUUGGCGCUGCCAUAGCUGGAGCUUUCGCAGCGCUCUUGUUUCCAUGGAAAGUUUUGGCCGUGGAAAAAAUUAAUUAAAGUUCUUCAAAUUUCUA